CUGCCCUGUUUACCCCUUCUUUCUUUUGAAUAUGUAGAGCCUCAUAAAAUUAGCUCAGUGAUUCCAUGGGUGAAACACGAGAGAUAAUGCAGCUUUAUAAACUCAGCAAUGCCCAAAUGUUGCCAACAGUCAAGAAGACCAGCCAUUUAAACUAGACUGUGGGAGCUGACAGAAGCUACUCAAAAGUUUUUGCAGUGUGGCCCUGAGUAAAGGUGAUACCUGAAGUGGACUCUAUAAAGGCAACAGGUGGAAGACAAACCCGUGGAAGCAUGCAAAAGAACAGAAGCUUUAAGCACCCAGAUUACAUCAAACCUCAGCCAAACAUCACACAGGAAAGCAAGUGGAAAUCCUUUACAAUCAUUUUCUUUUAUUAAAUGAGAGCUUUAAGGGGUUUGUGAGGUGUGUGAUGCUUAUUUGUGUUGAUAUGCUACUUUUGUCACAGAGGAUUUUGAUACAGAGGUGAUGGCUGGAGAGAUACUAGAGAGACGCAAAUCCCGGGAGCCGAGCAUCCUCCACUCACUGGGAAUAGAAAGAUUUCAUUUUGUUGGCCAUGAGAUCAGCAUCCACGAAUCGUUUGACUCAUAUGGUGCCCUCAUCUGGCCUGGGGCAGUGGCUCUCUGCAGAUACCUGGAAGCAAAUCAUAAGCAUAUCAGUCUGCUAGAUAAAGCAGUGCUGGAGCUAGGAGCAGGAACGGGACUGGUUUCCAUUGUGGCCUCUUUAAUGGGUGCGUGGGUGACAGCCACAGAUCUGCCUGACAUCGUGCAAAACCUGAGCUUUAAUCUCUCACGCAACACACGGGGUCGCUGCAGAUACACACCUCAGGUGGCCCAGCUGACGUGGGGGGAGGACCUGGACCUUCAUUUUCCCAGUUCUAUCUAUAACUAUGACUACAUACUAUGUGCAGAUGUUGUCUAUCACCACAACUGUCUGGAUAAGCUGCUACUCACCAUGAAGCACUUCUGCAAACAUGGAACAACACUGCUCUGGGCCAACAAGAUUCGCUUCUCCUCAGAUCUGGAUUUCAUUGAAAGUUUCAAGAAGGUCUUUAAUACCACACUGCUAGUGGAGAUUCCUGAUGAGAUGGUGCGAAUCUACCAGGCCACAGCACAAGAGUGACUAUGGGAGAACACAAGGAGCAAAAGCCAGCAAAUGAAAUACAAAAACUAGAUGAAAAAGAAACUUGCCUAUAUAGUGUGUGUGUGUGUAAACGUGAAAGCAGCAAACUUAAUUCUACUAAGAAUCUGUGGCAAGAAAUUCAUGGAAACAAACCUUCUACAUCUCAAUUCUACUACUAAAGUUCCCCAGGGGGGAAAUACUCAAGCAUGGUACUGUAUGAUUAAUUUUGAGCUUGUGUAUAUUUAAAUGAUCAAUAAUGAAUGAACACUUAUCUGAUAUGUCUGUGCAUAACAAAGUUUGAAAAAAAUCCCCCACUCUUUUUAUGCAACGUUGAUAAAGCUUCAUGCUAUGUUAAGGAAAUAUUAAUUCUAGAUCAAUAAACACAUGGCUAUUUCACCAAAAAUUUUAAGGUUGGAUAUGAUUUGGAUAAUAUGAUUGCCUUAUUAUCCAAAGAUACUAUAAUUUUACCAAACAAAGCUAACGUGCUUGCAAAAAAAAAAGGUGGUGAGAGGUUGGUGAACCCAGGUGUUUUUAGUGAAGAAAACUUGAGGCUAUAAACAAGGUUCCAUCAACCUUUAAGUCCCCUUAGAUUUACCAUGCAAAUAAACAUUGUGCAUGCUUUUGUACUUAAUGACAAAAUAAUGAAGAUCUUGACUGAAUUGUGGUUUCUUUGUCUUUAUGAAUAUAGUUUAGCUCCUAAAUG